AUGGACGCUACCGGCGCACACUCGCAUGCAGCUCGUAUAAGUACGCCAUACCCCAUGGCUUCCUUUGAGACACCCGCACACCGGUGCCACCACCACAGCUGCGGCGAGCUGCACUGCUGCGCCCUGAGGCCGCCAAUGGUGAAGUUCUCCAAGCAGUUCGAGGGCCAGCUCGUGCCGGAGUGGAAGGAGGCCUUCGUCGACUACUGGCUGCUCAAGAAGGACAUCAAGAAGCUGCAGGCCGCUGCCGGCGCCGAGGCGGCGCCACUGCAGUCACAGUUCCAGGCGCCCGUGGCUGCCAGUCACUGGGUGAUGAGGCUCCCGUUCCUCAACCCCCAUGGCCACCACAAGGAGCACGGCGCCAUACAGGUGCACAGAAAGCUGGCGAGCGGCGGCAACCACGGCGCGGUGGCCGGAGAGGUGUACGAGACGGAGGUUCUGGACACGGCAGGGUUCGCCGGGGCGGAGGCGGAGGAGGCGAGGGCCUUCUUCCAGAGGCUGGACGAGCAGCUGAACAAGGUGAACCGGUUCUACGAGAGGAAGGAAGGGGAGUUCCUGGAGCGUGGCGAGUGCCUCAGGCGGCAGCAGCAGAUCCUGGUCGAGCUCAAGGCCGCCGUCACCGAGGCACGGCGUCGCGGGGGCUCGUCGGCGGCGGGGAGCGCCGACCCGGAGGACCCGUCCGUGUCUUGCUCUAUCCUGCAUGGAGAUCAAUCCCUCAGGGGCAUUACAGAGCAAGAACACGAAAGUCAAGAAAAGCUCGCCGACGAUGCUACGGCAAAGAACACUGAUGAAGGGGAGGACCAUCUUCCCAUCUCCGAAGGUCUGGGUGACUCGGGAAGGAUUGAGAAGCCGAGAGAAGAAGCUGCCAACAAGCUGAGGACAUUCUCAGGGAGGGCGGUCACUUGCCAGGGCAGGAGCGUGAGGAUCAACAUUCCGGUCACCACACCAUCAAGGACCGUGUUCGCCAUCCGUGAACUUUUGUUCGAUGACAUGCUAAGCCAGUCAAGGAAGACUGGGGGAAAUGGUGGCGAUGGUGGUGAGAAGUUGAGCAUCAACAAGAAAAAGGUGCACCAGGCAGAGAAGAUGAUCAGAGGAGCCCUGGUUGAGCUGUACAAGGGCUUGGGGUACCUCAAGACGUAUCGGAGCUUGAACAUGCUGGCUUUUGUUAAGAUUUUGAAGAAAUUUGACAAGGUUACAGCAAAGGAAGUGCAGACAAUUUACCUGAAAGUAGUGGAGAGCUCCUACUUUAAUAGCUCCGACAAGGCAAUCAGGCUAACGGACGAUGUCGAGGAGCUGUUUGUGAGACAUUUCGCAAGCGGUGACAAAAGGAAAGCAAUGAAGUACCUGAAGCCAAAUCAGAAAGAAGAAUCACAUGCUACCACAUUUUUCAUAGGACUAUUCACUGGUGGCUUUGUAGCACUAUUUAUCGGUUACUGUAUCAUGGCGCACAUAGCUGGGAUGUACACUCAUCAGUCAAACAAGGUCUACAUGUCAACAUCCUACCCUGUCCUUAGCAUGUUCAGCCUCUUCUUCCUGCAUCUCUUCCUCUAUGGAUGCAACAUCUUCAUGUGGAGAAAGACACGCAUAAACUACGCAUUCAUAUUCGAAUUUGCACCUACGAAAGAGCUCAAGUAUCGUGAUGUGUUCUUGAUAUGCACUACCUCCAUGACGAUUGUUGUUGGUGUCAUGUUUGCACACCUGACACUCAUUUUCAAAGGGUAUUCUUCAAGUACAGUCCAAGCAGUCCCAGGGUGCCUUCUUCUGGUAUGCUAUAUUCAACGUUACAUAUGUAAUGUUUAUUGUCAAUGUUGCUAUACCCAUAUGAGGCUGAUGCUUCUGUUUAUUCAGGUGUUCUUAUUAGUAUUGGUCUGCCCUUUCAAAAUCAUUUACCGAUCAAGUCGUUAUCAUUUCCUAAUAGCGAUCAGAAACAUCAUUCUAACACCCUUUUACAAGGUUGUCAUGGUUGAUUUCUUCAUGGCUGAUCAGCUUUGUAGCCAGGUACCGCUGCUUAGAACCCUGGAAUACCUGGCAUGUUAUUACAUAACCAGCAGCUAUAAGACACAAGACUAUGGAUACUGCACAAGAGUGAAACAUUUUAGAGAUUUGGCUUAUGCAGUAUCCUUCCUGCCCUACUACUGGAGAGCCAUGCAGUGUGCAAGGAGGUGGUUUGACGAAGGGGACAUAAACCACAUUGUCAACCUUGGGAAGUACGUGUCAGCAAUGCUUGCUGCAGGAACAAAAGUGGCAUAUGAGAAUGAUAACAGUGCUGGAUGGCUAUCACUUGUCGUCAUCGUGUCAAGUGUCGCCACUAUCUACCAACUGUACUGGGACUUUGUCAAGGACUGGGGUCUUCUACAGUUCAACUCCAAGAACCCUUGGCUUCGUAACGAUCUGAUACUUAAACAAAAAUACAUUUAUUUCAUAUCCAUGGGUUUGAACCUUCUUUUGAGGCUUGCUUGGCUUCAAACUGUCAUCCACCCUAACAUUGGAAGCCUGGAUUCUAGAGUUACUCUGUUCUUUUUGGCAGCUCUUGAGGUGAUUCGACGGGGCCUUUGGAACUUCUACAGGCUGGAGAACGAACACCUAAACAAUGCAGGGAAGUUCAGAGCUGUGAAGGUUGUUCCACUUCCUUUUCAUGAAGUCGAAGAGGACUAA